AUGGAGCUUGGCCACAAUUGCGAUGGAGACAAGUUUGGUUUAGUGACGAGUCACGUCUUAUGCUUCGCCUUGAGGAUGUUCGACGUCGUGUGUCCAGGCGUCGCGGUGAACGUCGCGGCCGACACGACCUCCAAGUACACCAUCGACACACUCCCCCUGUACACCAUCGACACACUCCCCCUGUACACCAUCGACACACACAUCCGGUACACCACCCCACACUCUCCCAGUACACCACCCCACACUCUCCCAGUACACCACCCCACACUCUCCCAGUACACCAUCGACACACUCUCCCAGUACAUCAACGAUACUCUCUCCAGUACACCACCCAACACUCUCCCAGUACACCACCCCACACUCUCCCAGUACACCACCCCACACUCUCCCAAUACACCACCCCACACUCUCCCAGUACACCACCCCACACUCUCCCAGUACACCAUCGACACACUCUCCCAGUACAUCAACGAUACUCUCUCCAGUACACCACCCAACACUCUCCCAUACACCAUCGACACACUCUCCCAGUACAUCAACGAUACUCUCUCCAGUACACCACCCAACACUCUCCCAGUACACCACCCCACACUCUCCCAGUACACCACCCCACACUCUCCCAAUACACCACCCCACACUCUCCCAGUACACCACCCCACACUCUCCCAGUACACCAUCGACACACUCUCCCAGUACAUCAACGAUACUCUCUCCAGUACACCACCCAACACUCUCCCAGUACACCAUCCCACACUCUCCCAGUACACCAACGACACACUCUCCCAGUACACCAUCGACACACUCUCCCAGUACACCAUCGACACACUCUCCCAGUACACCACCCAACACUCGCCCAGUACACCACCCAACACUCGCCCAGUACACCACCCCACACUCUCCCAGUACACCAUCGACACACUCUCCCAGUACACCACCCAACACUCGCCCAGUACACCACCCCACACUCUCCCAGUACACCAUCGACACACUCUCCCAGUACACCAACGAUACUCUCUCCAGUACACCACCCAAUACUCUCUCCAGUACACCAUCGACACACUCUCCCAGUACACCAUCGAUGCACUCCCCCAGUACACCAACGAUACUCUCUCCGGUACACCACCCAAUACUCUCGCAGUACACCACCCAACACUCGCCCAGUACACCACCCCACACUCUCCCAGUACACCAUCGACACACUCUCCCAGUACACCACCCAACACUCGCCCAGUACACCACCCCACACUCUCCCAGUACACCAUCGACACACUCUCCCAGUACACCACCCCACACUCUCCCAGUACACCAUCGACACACUCUCCCAGUACACCAACGAUACUCUCUCCAGUACACCACCCAAUACUCUCUCCAGUACACCAUCGACACACUCUCCCAGUACACCAUCGACGCACUCCCCCAGUACACCAACGAUACUCUCUCCGGUACACCACCCAAUACUCUCUCCAGUACACAACCCAAUACUCUCCCAGUACACCACCCAACACUCGCCCAGUACACCAUCGACUUACUCUCCCAGUACACCAACGAUACUCUCUCCAGUACACCAACGAUACUCUCUCCAGUACACCAUCGACACACUCUCCCAGUACACCAACGAUACUCUCUCCAGUACACCACCCAAUACUCUCCCAGUACACCAUCGACACACUCUCCCAGUACACCAUCGACGCACUCCCCCAGUACACCAACGAUACUCUCUCCGGUACACCACCCAAUACUCUCGCAGUACACCACCCAACACUCGCCCAGUACACCACCCCACACUCUCCCAGUACACCAUCGACACACUCUCCCAGUACACCACCCAACACUCGCCCAUACACCAUCGACACACUCUCCCAGUACACCAUCGACGCACUCCCCCAGUACACCAACGAUACUCUCUCCGGUACACCACCCAAUACUCUCUCCAGUACACAACCCAAUACUCUCCCAGUACACCACCCAACACUCGCCCAGUACACCAUCGACUUACUCUCCCAGUACACCAACGAUACUCUCUCCAGUACACCACCACACACUCUCCCAGUACACCAACGAUACUCUCUCCAGUACACCACCCAACGCUCUCCCAGUACACCAUCGACACACUCUCCCAUAACACCACCCUACACUCGCCCAGUACACCAUCGACACACUCUCCCAGUACACCAACGAUACUCUCUCCAGUACACCACCCAGCACUCUCCCAGUACACCACCCAACACUCUCCCAGUACACCACCCCACACUCUCCCAGUACACCAUCGACACACUCUCCCAGUACACCAACGAUACUCUCACCAACGCUCUCCCAGUACACCAUCGACACACUCGCCCAGUACACCACCCCACACUCUCUCAGUACACCAUCGACACACUCUCCCAGUACACCAACGACACGCUCCCCCAGUACACCAACGAUACUCUCUCCAGUACACCACCCAAUACUCUCGCAGUACACCACUCCACACUCUCCCAGUACACCACCCCACACUCUCCCAGUACACCAUCGACACACUCUCCCAGUACACCACUCCACACUCGCCCAGUACACCACCCCACACUCUCCCAGUACACCAUCGACACACUCGCCCAGUACACCACCCCACACUCUCCCAGUACACCACCCCACACUCUCCCAGUACACCAUCGACACACUCUCCCAGUUCACCACCCCACACUCUCCCAGUACACCAUCGACACACUCGCCCAGUACACCACCCCACACUCGCCCAGUACACCACCCCACACUCGCCCAGUACACCACCCCACACUCGCCCAGUACACCACGCAACAUUCUCGCAGUACAGCAUCGACACACUCUCCCAGUACACCACCCCACACUCGCCCAGUGCACCACCCCACACUCGCCCAGUACACCACCCCACACUCGCCCAUACACCACCCCACACUCUCCCAGUACACCAUCGACACACUCUCCCAGUACACCAACGAUACUCUCUCCAGUACACCACCCAAUACUCUCUCCAGUACACCAUCGACACACUCUCCCAGUACACCCUCGACGCACUCCCCCAGUACACCAACGAUACUCUCUCCGGUACACCACCCAAUACUCUCUCCAGUACACAACCCAAUACUCUCCCAGUACACCACCCCACACUCGCCCAGUACACCAUCGACUUACUCUCCCAGUACACCAACGAUACUCUCUCCAGUACACCACCCAGCACUCUCCCAGUACACCACCCAACACUCUCCCAGUACACCACCCACACUCUCCCAGUACAUCAUCGACACACUCUCCCAGUACACCAACGAUACUCUCACCAACGCUCUCCCAGUACAUCAUCGACACACUCUCCCAGUACACCAACGAUACUCUCUCCAGUACACCACCCAACGCUCUCCCAGUACACCAUCGACACACUCGCCCAGUACACCACCCCACACUCUCCCAGUACACCAUCGACACACUCUCCCAGUACACCAACGAUACUCUCUCCAGUACACCACCCAAUACUCUCUCCAGUACACCAUCGACACACUCUCCCAGUACACCAUCGACGCACACCCCCAGUACACCAACGAUACUCUCUCCGGUACACCACCCAAUACUCUCUCCAGUACACAACCCAAUACUCUCCCAGUACACAACCCCACACUCGCCCAGUACACCAUCGACUUACUCUCCCAGUACACCAACGAUACUCUCUCCAGUACACCACCCAGCACUCUCCCAGUACACCACCCAACACUCUCCCAGUACACCACCCCACACUCUCCCAGUACAUCAUCGACACACUCUCCCAGUACACCAACGAUACUCUCACCAACGCUCUCCCAGUACAUCAUCGACACACUCUCCCAGUACACCAACGAUACUCUCUCCAGUACACCACCCAACGCUCUCCCAGUACACCAUCGACACACUCGCCCAGUACACCACCCCACACUCUCUCAGUACACCAUCGACACACUCUCCCAGUACACCAACGACACACUCCCCCAGUACACCAACGAUACUCUCUCCAGUACACCACCCAAUACUCUCGCAGUACACCACUCCACACUCGCCCAGUACACCACCCCACACUCUCCCAGUACACCAUCGACACACUCUCCCAGUACACCACUCCACACUCGCCCAGUACACCACCCGACACUCUCCCAGUACACCAUCGACACACUCUCCCAGUUCACCACCCCACACUCUCCCAGUACACCAUCGACACACUCGCCCAGUACACCACCCCACACUCGCCCAGUACACCACCCCACACUCGCCCAGUACACCACGCAACAUUCUCGCAGUACAGCAUCGACACACUCUCCCAGUACACCACCCAACACUCGCCCAGUGCACCACCCCACACUCGCCCAGUACACCACCCCACACUCGCCCAGUACACCACCCCACACUCGCCCUGUACACCACCCAACAUUCUCCUAG